AUGGCCCUCUGGUGUUACUGCCUCUUCUGUCUUCUGAUCAGGAGUCUCUCUGGGACCUGUUCCAACUCCCCAGGUGAAACAAGGCGCCCUUGGGUGGCAGCUUCGCUGGCCCCUGGUGAGGUGAUGGAGAUUUCAGAUGGGGUGUGCAAGUUUCCAAAGCAGCGGCUGAGCUGGUGGCAAGCCCAAGAGUCUUGUGAGCAGCGGUUUGGCCACCUGCCAACGGGGCCCGCAGAUGGGGUUCUUGCUUCGCGGCUUCGUGACCCGGUCUGGUUGGGCCAAAGAGAAACUUCCCUGCGGAGGCCCCCACGGAGGAGCGAGCGCACCACCCUGGCGCUGGUGUUCGGCGAGAAGACGGCGGACAGGGCGGCGCGGCUGCGGACGCCCUUGCCAGCUCUGGAGGCGCUGACGGCGUGCGCGCACUUGCAGUGGGACAGCCGCUCGCCCGAAGUGGCCGCGAUCUUCUCCCUCGCCGCCCCCGCGCUGGCCAACGCGCUGCAGCUGCGGGCCUUCGCCGAGCCGGGCGGCGCGGUGCGGGCGGCGCUGGUGGUACGCGGGCACCACGCUCCCUUUCUCGCAGCCUUUCGCGCCGACGGCCGCUGGCACCACGUGUGCGCGACAUGGGAGCAGCGCGGGGGGCGCUGGGCGCUGUUUGCUGACGGGCGGCGGCGCGCCACGGCGCGGGGACUGGGCGCGGACCAGCCGGUGCCGCCCGGUGGCAUCCUGGUGCUGGGCCAGGAUCAGGACUCCCCGGGCGGCGGCUUCUCGGCGCGCGACGCCUUCAGCGGCAACCUCACCGACUUCCACCUGUGGGCCCGGGUGCUGAGCCCCGCGCAGCUGCACCGCGCACGCGCCUGCGACCCGCCUCCAGACGGCCUGCUCUUCGUCUGGGACCCCGGCUCCCUGGACAUCACACCCUCACUGCAGCAGCCGGUUCCGACGCGCCUUCCGUGUCCGGUGCCCUCAGAAGAGUGCCCCAUGUGGAACCCAGAACCCCCCACCGAGGGCUCCGAGUUCUGCUUGCAGCCGCUGCUCUUCCUCUGCUGCUACCAGAAAGAGACCUAUCAGCAGCUGCAGGAUGUCCGGUUGUGGCCAGGACAGGAUGUUAUCAGCAAAGUCAAUGCUUUGGCCAACGCCAUUGUGCUCCUCCCAGACCCCCUCUCUGAAGCCCCUGAGGCCCUGACCCUGGACAAGGCCUCCAGGUUCCUGGGCCUUCUGGACAGAGUCCUGGUGGAGGAGACCACUCCACUGGGGCCGGCUGCACUUCUGGCUACCCUGCACUUCCUGAAGAGGGUGACCGCCCUUGGGGCUGGGGAGCCAGAGCCCUUGACAGGGCCCUGGGAACAGCUGGGCAGGGGUGUCGUGUCUGUGGCCAGCCGGAUCCUGGAGAAGCAGGUGGCUGGAGCGUGGCUGUCCCUCAGUGAGGUGGUUGGUGGACCUAUGGCCCUGGUGGCGAGCAUGCAGCGCCUGGCACCCCUGCUGAGUACCGUGCUGACCUCUGAGCAGCCCCGAAUGUCCAUCCAGCACCAUCAUGCAGGCCUGGAGGUGCGGAGCCUACACCUGCGGGAGGCCAGUGCUGGGGGCUACAUAUUCACAAUGCCUGGUGGGCAUCCAGAGGGGCCCGGCCACAUCCACAUUCCCGCAGGUGAAGUGAGGCGGCUCCUCGGGAAAGGCCUCUCUGGAGUCACCAUGAUCCACAGCUGGUUCACCUCCAGUGUCUUCCAGUACGCCCUGGGGGUGCCUGCCCUGGAACCCCAGGCCUCUGACAGCUCAGAGGAAGCCAACAGGAUGCAGAGGUUCCUGAGCACACAGGUGGGGUCAGCCAUCCUCUCCUCCGAGGUGUGGGACACUGUCGGGGAGGUCAGCACGGCCGUGACCUUUCACCUGCAGCACCAGGCCCAGGUACUGGUGGUCCUUCUGGGGAAAAGCCCCCAGGAAUGCUUGCUCCAGUUCUCCACCCAACCCCCCAAUAUUGCCUUCCCUCAGAAGCUGGUGGAGCCCGUCUGUGCUUUCUGGAACUUCAGCAUCAGCCCUCUGUUCCCUCCCCUCCCAAGCCCACACACAGGGGGUUCCUGGGCCACCGCGGGCUGCUCCGUGCUCUCCCUGUACCAGGACUCCACUGCCUGCUUCUGCAACCACAGCACCAGCUUCGCUGUCCUGUUGCAGGUGUACGACAUCCAGAGAGGCCCCGAGGAGGAGUCACUUCUGAGGACCCUCUCGUUUGUGGGCUGUGGCGUGUCCCUCUGCGCCCUUGCUACCACCUUCUUGCUCUUCCUGGCAGCUGGGGUCCCCAAGUCAGAGAGGACCACAGUCCACAAGAACCUCACCUUCUCCCUGGCCUCUGCUGAGGGCUUCCUCAUGGCCAGUGAGUGGGCAAAGGACAGCAAGGUGGCAUGUGUGGCUGUCACAGCUGCAAUGCACUUUCUCUUUUUGGUGGCAUUCUCCUGGAUGCUGGUGGAGGGACUGCUGCUAUGGAACAAGGUGGUAGCCGUGAGCAUGCGCCCAGGUCCCAAGAUGAGGCUCUACUAUGUCAUAGGCUGGGGCAUGCCCGUGGUCAUCGUGGCCAUCACAAUGGCCAAGAGCCCCCAUGACUAUGUGGCCGCCGGACACUGCUGGCUUGAUGUGCACACAGACACCAUCUGGGCCUUCGCGGGGCCGGUACUCCUCGUGCUGUUGGCCAACACCUACAUCCUGUUCCGCGUGGUGAUGGUCACCGUGUCCAGCGCCCGCCGCCGUGCCCGCAUGCUGAGCCCGCAGCCUGGCCUGCGGCAGCAGAUCAAGAUACAGAUGUGGGCCACAGUGAAACCAGUACUGGUCCUUCUGCCCAUCCUGGGCCUAACUUGGCUGGUCGGCAUCCUGGUGCAUCUCAGCCCGGUCUGGGCCUACAUUGCUGUGGGCCUCAAUUCCUUCCAGGGGCCCUACAUCUUCCUGGUCUAUGCUGCCUACAAUGGGGAAGUGCGGAGCGCCCUGCAGAGGAUGACCGAGAAGAAGGCAGCGGCGCUCGCUGUGGGGCAGGCCGGGCCCACCACUGUCACCAUCUCCUGUGGGACCUGCUCGGGCCCCUCUAGCCAGCAGCCUCCAGGUCCCUGGGAGAACCUGAGAGACCAGUGA